AUGACAACGGAUUCUGCGCUCUCGUACCAUCCGACCGAGUCCUUGAUCCUCCCGACGAAGCGUCGCUUCUUCCCCUUCAAGAUCCCGAAUUUCCACCAACAACUCCGAAAUUAUAUUAGCACCGCCGACCCCGACAGGAUCUAUGUCGUCGUCGACCGGGUCAUAUACGCGGUCCACAUUUCCACCGAAAAGCGGGAGACUCUGGCAGUCAUACCGUUCGAACCGAAAUGCCUUGCUGCUGGUAACGGGUGGGUAGCUGUGGGGGGUUCGGAUAACGGCGAAUGCGCGUUUGUCAGCGUCACCGAUCGGAAUGGGCGCGUCCAGGAUGGCGCUGGCUCAACGAUCUCCCAGUCAUCGGAUGUGGAUAGCGCUCUGCCAAUUGACCUUGAGUCGUCCUCGAGGUCUUCCCCUUCGUGGCUGGCAGGAGAGGAGCCCGGAGCUUCCCGCGAUGCUGGGAGAAGGGAGAUGCCAGACGUGAGAUUGCAUAAAUUUGGUGGCAGUAUCGUGAAUUCGGUGACCAUUCAUCGUUUGCCUGGAGAUGCGAAGGGAUCGACGGAUGAAGAUAUUGCUGUCCUGAGUAACAACGACAAGACGGUUACCAUUUAUUCUCUGACCCGAUCGAAAGUCAUCAAAAUCCUACACCACCAAGCAUGUAUGAACUAUGCGAUAAUGUCCCCGGACUCCAGCAUUCUCGCCGCUGUGGGUGACGAGACCCGUGCCUAUUUUUAUGACGUCAGUCGCGACCCCAAUUCAACCGCUCUGACAGAAAGCGGCGAAAGGUUCUCUGGUUGGAAUUGGGAUCUGCUCAGCUGCGUGGAGAUGGAUAUUGGAACGCGGUUUGAUGACGGAUGCUGCUUCAGCAUCGCAUUCUCGCAAUUCAGUCGACUGUGCGCUAUCGGAUCGCAGUCUGGAGUUAUUACCGUGUUUGACGUCAAGACACUUCGAUGUGAGCCAAACGCCAAAAGUUCGGUUAUAUGCCAUUUCGAUUCUUCGAGGCCCAGUUGCAAUGGAGGUGCUGUGCGCUGUAUGACGUUUGCCCCUGAGCCUUGGGAUCUCUUAGUGUGGCUGGAGGAGAAAGGACGGGCUGGGAUUGCAGAUGUUCGUCAGGCCUUUGUGCGUAGGCAGAUCCUCAAUUUGGAUAUGAACGAACCCGGCAUCCAGGAAAUCCGGACCGAGCCUCUCUUAGAUGAUUCUGUGGCUUUGGGGUUCGAUCUGGAUAGUCGAUUCAGCCUAGAAUCACGCAAUGAAGUUGACGCAGCACAGAGGGCGAUACUCGAUUCGGCCGAGAACCCGUCAAAUGAACGCAGGGGAGCCUCGUCUGACAAUCUGCCGUUGCGCGAUAGCUUAAUACACGACCUCUCCGAAAGGGAAAGGCUCAUCGUGGAGUUUUUGAACACGGCGCGCUGGACGUCGAGGUUGGAAGAUGGUCUGGCGGAGCGACGGGCCAGAACUAAUGCGAAUCCACAGCCUGUACCUCGUUCACGAUUCCAAGGUUCCACAGAUGUACCCAAUCGUGCUUCUCGUCCCACUUCUCCCCUUCGUCAAGGCGAACCGUCGCCUGAAAUGCCGCGAGAAACACAUCCUGCUCAUGCGGCCGCUCUCAAUCGAAGGCAGAAUGUACGGCGACAAAGCUCUGUGGUGUUGUCGCACGACAAUCCGGAAGCGGGAAAUCGUACGCAGGAGACGAGCGAUCCAAACCUAGAUCCACAGCCAAGUAUAACACUCACUUGGACCGCUUCGCCUUCCGAGAUACAUUCUGCUACAUUGGAACAUCCGCAGCGGUCAAGCGAGUCGAGUUCUAGUGAUCCCAGCAGUUCCAAUAACGAGGCCAGCGCGUCGAAUCAGCGGCUGCGCAUGAUUGGUCGCCCGACGGCUAAUUUCGACUAUUCGACUACAGCCACGGACUCUACUCUGCGACCGAGGACACACCAGCAAUCUCAUUCCAGAUCUAGACGAUCUGGGAGGCAAGAUGGUACAUCGGAGGCUCGACAUGAGCCAUCGCGCCUCUCUAGCUCCGAGUUGGAGACAAAUGUUGCUGCGCUAGAACGACUUCGGCGUCAGCGACAAAUAAUUAAUGAAGCACACAACCGAAACAACCAACGCGAACGGUAUCGACAACAAGUGUUAGGUUCCGACCAGUCUCGCUCUUCACGGUGGAUGCGGAGUAUCUUGGAUGAACUACCCGAUCGAAGUUUGGGUGCUGCGUAUAGAGACCAAGAUACAGGUAGCACAGCUGGAAUCGGCUGGGGCGCGGAUGGCAGAACGCUUUAUAUUGCCACGGUGGAUGGGAUUUUUGAAUAUCAGCUCAACAUAAGAGACCGGAAAACAUUUCCUGUUGUCAGUUACCGAUAA